AUGGGAGCAAACUAGAGUUAAUAAUAGGGACAAUAGGAAAAAAGGAGAAUUAGAAAAAGAGAUUAUUUAAUUGGAAUGUGUAUUAGUCAAUUGGCUCCAAAGGAAUCUAAUGAAAGUUCAAAACUUAGAAGUUUAUCUGAAAAUAUGAAAUCAUAAAGCCUAGAUAUCUUGACGUAUUAUGAUAAAGAGAUAUUCUAGCAAAAUGAGUGAAAGAGAGAUGUAUAAUAAUCCCAUAAAAUUCUUACAGUAUUUCUUAACUUUUUUGACAAUACGAGAAUGUUUUUAACUAAAACUCGUAAAUAAAAAACUAAAAUUCAUGGUAGAAAUGAGUAGUAACAUCUACUCAAACUUUCUUAGUUAAUUCUAUUUAAGAAAGCUACAACUUCGAUAAUUUGUAGAAUAUGGAUUACAUUAGAGAUUUCUUUCUGUAUACUAUACACAAUUGUAGUCUAUAGAAAUUAAUUAAGAUGAAUCAUGGAUCAGAAUCUAUCUGAGCUUCCAAAGAAGCAUGUAACACUUAAUCAAAUUCAUUUAGAUAAUAAAUGAGAAUCAUUGAAGAAGAGAUUUAAAAAAUAUUUAAUAUUGAGUAUCCAUUAGUAGAUAAAAUAUUGGAAACAGGACGUAAUCCACUUAUGCCAGUCCCACUUUUAACAGAUGAUAUACUUAAAUAAUCUACAACAAGUUGGUUUCAAUUAGAAUUAGCAUAAAGAACUACUGAUUUUACAGCUGUUGAAAAAGUUCCCUAACUUGAUGAAUUAACAGAAAAGAUUUAUUAAUAUUCACUCCGUUAAUUUGAUGUCACUAAUAUGAAACAUACCUAAAUAUUAUUUGAACUGAGAUGGAUAGUCAUUGAUAAUUUUCUGAAAGAUCCCUUUGUUUUAGAUUCAGAUAAUAUACCGCUUUUAUUUAGGUUCUUGCUUCUAAUAUUUCAUUUCAUCUAUCAAAGAUGCUUAUUUAGUAGAAAUGUUUUAAUCAUUACUAAAACAGAAAAAAAUCCAGCUAUGUUUCUUAAUAUGUAUACCAUUUUAUGGGAAUCUUAUGUUGGCACGAUGUGGUCAUUAAAUAGAGCUUUAAAGAAAAUAUUUAAAAAAAUUGACUUAAUAUUUGAUGAAUACUUUACUACCUAUUUUCCUAAAAUUACCUUUACCAGUGCUCUCGCUAGAUUAUGGUCAUAAAUUGUUAUCAAAGGUACUAAGAAUUAAUAACUGGAUUCGAUAGAAAAUGAAUUGUUUGCUUCUUUUGACGUUUUAUUAGAAUAAAAAAGAGUUAUUUUAUAAUAAUUUUAUAUGAAAGAUCAUUGGACCAAGGAACAGUAAGUUUUUGGAAAUAAACUUUAUAAUGACGAUUAUUUCAACUAUUGUCCUAGUGCUGUAAAUUGUUUAUUAAAUAAAUUCACAUCUAAUAUUCUUGAUUUGUCACUACAUGAAUAAAGUAUCAAUUGGAUCGGACAUUCAAAUGUUAAAGUGGGGUCACUAUAUGGGAAAUUAGUAGAAAUAGUAAUAAAAUAAGCUAAUUUGAUCUAUGGUAAAGCAUCAUAACAGCUUUCAACUGAUUAUAAUGUUUUCAAAAAUUAUAUAUUAGGUAUUUAUAUCAAUUAUUGAAUAGCUGAUUCUAAAUAUAUGUAAGAAAUUCUAAAUUAAUGGACAGUAUAAGUCUGUUUGUUACCUAAAGGAAUUGAAUAUCUGUAUGAAAAAGUAAAAAUCAAUUUAAGAUAAUAUGUACUCUCCUGCUAAUUAAAUUAAUAUAAAUCAGAAUCUACAUAUAAUAAUUUUGAGGAAAAUAUUCUAGAAUCAAAAAUUAUUGGUUAAAAUGUUUAAUAAUUGUAAUUGAAUGACCCAGAUGAAAUUGUACAACAUGUUGACGGGUUUGAUCAAUUUUUAGAAAAUUUGAUUUGUGAAAUAUUAAGAGAAGAAAAAAUCUAAUAAAAUGAAUAAAUCGCAUCUCAAAAUUUAUAAUAAAUCCCAUAAUAAUAAUCAGAGAUAAAUUAACCUUCAUUAUAUUAAUUUUAAUGUGGCAAACAGUAAAGCAUACUUGAAAGUGAUUAUAAUAAAUUAAGAAUGCUAUCAACAUUCACUUCAUAUAAUCCAGUUAGUCAAAUAACUCAAUUAAAUAGUGUGUAUAGUUAGUAGAUUUUAUCUUCUUACAAAUCUUGUUAGAAUAUUAAUUAAAUUAAAAACAUCAAAGCUAAAUUAGAACAUAAUCAAUGGGUUGUGUAUUUAAAAGACAUUUACAAUAUUGAAUAUGAAAAUAAAAUUAAAAUUGAAAAGAGAAACAAUCAAAUUCAAAUGAGGAACACUAUUAGAAAAAUACCUUAAGAUUUAGAAGAACAACUUAAUAGUAAUGCAGAAUUCACGAAAGUAUGGUCUAUAGAAGACACUAUGUUAUAAUAUGUCUCUAAAAAUACGAUUGAUUAAUUACAAGCAAGAAAUCCAGAAAGAAACUUUAGUGAAAUGAAAGUUGGUGAAGGUUUACUUGCUUCUUAUUUCAUUUAACAAUAGAUAUGA